AUGAGAAAAGAUCUAGUCGACGGUAUCUAUACAACCAUCAAGAAUCAUCCACUCUACCAUUGGCAUGAAGCGCAUGGUGAUGCAAUUUGUGCGUAUCGUGCAGUACUGAUGCGUGCAAUGGGCGAAACAAUCUGUUCUGAAAUUCCAGGAGCAUCUGGAGCGCUAGCCUACAUAUCGUUCAUCGGACUCCAAGGAUCUCCUAGGUCGUCCUCUAAGAUGAACAGGCCCGACUACUACGCUUCUCUAUAUCGGCCAUUUUAUAUGGAAACGUCUAAUGGUUUUCGGGUACCUUUUCGAAGAAAUAUGAUUUCUCUUCUGGAUUCUAUACGAAUACCACAUGUUGCCUUAUGUGUGAAUAUCGAUGAUAAAGGGCCAAUGGUCAUCGAUCCGGCGUAUGCUAUUAACUCUUCUUCUGACGGGCCAUUCACAAUUGAAGACUGGAUCAAGCAACAUAAUGAUUAUAACAACUUCGGCGAACACGUUGAACAUGGAUACGUAGCGAUUCAGUCGGAGUGGUUUCCUUGGACAAUGAGCCAUUUGUAUCUAUUGUCAGGCGGAGAGGCGCUACUCUCUUCGGAUUUCAUGACUAUGCCUACGCUCGCACACGUUAUCAACGUCCUUACUAUGUAUCGUCUGAUGUUAGCAGAAAACCAAUCUCCAACAGACCGUACACCAAGUCCAGACGAAGUAGAUGUUUAUUUCAAAGCAUUUGCCAUCAGACACGAUCAAAAGGAAGAAAUGGCACAUUAUAUGAAUAAUGUUGAACAAUAUGUCAAAGAACUUGGCGAGAAUUUUCCUACACCAGGUCCUGCUCCUCUGCUUCCACCGCCAGAACCAGUCUAUGUUAUCUUGAAUAAUGGGAUGUCUACACGCAUCUCCUCCACUUCUGCAAAUGAACGACACAAUAGUCAAAGAGAUUAG